CGGAGCGCGAUGACCGCCAACGCAGAGCCGCGCGCGCGGCGACCCGGAGUUGGGGUGGGAGUAGUGGUGACUAGCUGCAGGCAUCCUCGUUGCGUCCUCCUGGGAAAGAGGAAAGGGUCGUUCGGAGCUGGCAGUUUCCAACUUCCUGGGGGUCAUUUGGAGUUCGGGGAAAGCUGGGAAGAAUGCGCUCAGAGGGAAACCUGGGAAGAAGCAGCUCUUCGCCUGAAAAACAUUCACUUUGCCUCGGUUGUGAAUUCUUUCGUCGAGAAAGAGAAUUACCAUUACGUCACUAUAUUAAUGAAAGGAGAGGUGGACAUGACUUAUGACUCAGAACCAAAGAAUGUAGAGCCUGAAAAAAAUGAAAGUUGGGAGUGGGUUCCUUGGGAAGAAUUUCCUCCCCUGGACCAGCUUUUCUGGGCGCUGCGGUGUCUGAAGGAACAAGGCUACGAUCCGUUUAAGGAAGAGCUGGAUCAUCUGCGAGGCUACAAAGGAAACCAUCUGUGGAUGAACAAGAUUACCUGAUUUAAAAAAAAAAAAAAAAGACAAAAUUAGGCCCAGAGAAUGAAAAUAUGUUUCAAAACAACUCCAUUUUACCUCAGAAGUUCCGUAUCAUUGCCAGUUUAAGUUUCUUAAAGCACCUACCACCCUUCCAGCCAGUAUUUAAUGAAAAAUUUCCUGGAGUAUGUUAUGAAUGGUAUUCCAGACACAGAAAAUGUGAUAAAUGGUGGUACUGUGAUUAAUCUUUCCAUAUUUCUCUGGUAUUUACUGUGUAGUUUGUCUUCACCAGCUUUUGUGGCGUGCAGAAUUUACCUGUUUCAGAUAGAGAUCCUAAUUCAAAUGCCAACACUGUAUGCCUGUAGCAGAAUAUAUUGUUGGUUCUCCUCUUGUUUUAUGUAAGACAGGAUUUUGGAGGAUAUCGCUGUAUUGGAUAGUCCUCGCCAUUAGCGUGAACAGGACAGGUUAUGAGGGUGUAUUUCCUGGGCUUCUCAAUGGGAACCUAAACCAAGGGACGUGAGAAAAACGUUGUAGGAUCUGUCUUCUGUCGUCAGCAGGUAACCUCAUUCUGGAUUUUUCACUUAACCUCUGUGAGAUCCAGCACCCUCACAUGUGAAGUAAGGAGAUUACAGAGCAGUGGUUCUCCCAGUGUGGUCUGGGGAUGUCCUUCAGAGCUUCGGAGGAUAUGCAAGAUCAAAGCUGUCUUGUUUUAAAUCCUCGCCCAAGGAUAUGUUUGUGGAUUUUGAGAGGAAGGGGGGAGGAGAGAGAGACAUGGAUAUGAGAAAUACUGACCGGUUGCCUCCCAUACGCGGCCAGCCAGGGAUGAACCCGCAGCCCAGGUGUGUGCCGGACAGGGAGUCCGACCCGCUUCAACGUCUGAGCCGCCCGGCCAGGGCUCCGAGCUGCCGACACUGAGAUGUGGCUGCCUCUUCAUUCUCCUCCUCUUACCAGUGCAGGGGUGUUUUCCCGGCGCUACGUGACACGUGGUGUUUUAACAGAGUGAAUGUGAAUGCAGACGUGAGAAUCCAGCCCUCUCCUAUCAAACCAGACAUUAAUUUGUAAAAAUGUAAGAGCGCGACACUCUUCUGU